AUUACUCUCUCGAAUUCUCUCGAAUUUAGGCAAUUUUCUCAUUCAUUUUACUUGAUUUCUGUGUUAUCAAAACUCGUUUCUGUAUCUCGAAGGAAUAGAAACUCUUCGUUGAAUAAUCCAGUUGGCAAAUAAGCAUAAAGGUUUUACUUUCAAAAUGGCUACAAUUACAAAACUUGUUAAUCUAUCACGUGCAUCUGCUCUCCUUAGAAAUUGUCGGCUUUACUCAACCCCAGGCACACAAUAUGAAAUGAUCAAGAAAGAUUUAGCCGGCGAAAAAAAGAAUGUUGGAGUUAUUCAUUUGAAUCGACCAAAAGCAUUAAAUGCACUUUGUCGUCAAUUAAUGACUGAACUAAGUCAAGCAUUGACCGAAUAUGAAAAUGAUGCGUCGAUCGGUGCUAUUGUUAUUACCGGCAAUGAAAAGGCAUUUGCUGCCGGUGCCGAUAUCAAAGAAAUGAUGGGAAAUACAUACGCUGAAUGCAUUAUUGGUAAUUUCCUCGCUGAUUGGACAAAAGUCAGCAAUGUUCGCAAACCAACAAUCGCUGCUGUCAAUGGAUAUGCAUUGGGUGGUGGUUGUGAACUUGCUAUGAUGUGUGACAUCAUUUAUGCUGGUGAUAAAGCUAAAUUCGGUCAACCAGAAAUCGCAAUUGGAACAAUUCCUGGUGCUGGAGGAUCACAAAGAUUAACACGAGUCAUUGGAAAAUCAAAGGCAAUGGAAAUGUGUUUGACUGGCAAUAUGAUUACUGCUGAAGAAGCUGAAAGAACUGGAAUGGUCAGCAAAAUCUUCCCUGCCGAUCAACUGCUUAACGAAGCUGUUAAACUUGGCGAGAAAAUUUCCUCACACUCUCCAUUGACAGUCGCUUUGUGCAAAGAAGCAGUUAAUGUCGCUUAUGAAACGACACUUCAAGAAGGUUUACGCUUCGAACGGCGAACAUUCCACGCCACUUUCAGCACAAAAGAUCAGAAAGAAGGCAUGAAAGCUUUCUCUGAAAAACGAGCUCCAAACUUCACCAGUGAAUAAUUUUACAGGAAAAUGUUUUUAAACAAAAUUAGUAAGAAAACAUGAAAGUGCAUUUAUUUUUGUUGUAUCAACUUUGAAAGUAAAACAAAUAAUUUCUAAUGAAAACAAAUCUUCUCUUUUUAUUUUACUAAUUUUAUUUUUUUAUAUUCAACCGAGUUUAAUUUAAAAAUCUCAACUUGUUCAUUUAGGUAUAUUAAUUUGAGAAAGAUU